AAACAAUACAAACACAAGUAUUGUUUGUGUAAUUAAUAAAGCGCAUCGUUGCAAUUAAUUUGCGGCUCAAUUUACUGCAUGUUUUGAUAAAUCGGCGGAGAAAGCAUUCCGAAAACAAUGAUAACACAUGUGUAGGUUGGCUGAAGUGACGGUCGUGCGUGUAUCGGGCAGGCGCGUUCCUCCAAGGUUAUCAAAUAUGGCCGGCCGUCGUUUCGAAGAGCGCGAUAACAGGGACUUUGGGGGCGGCGGUCGACGCCCGGGCGGGCGCAAGCCGUUCCCGACCGAGCCGCCAUACACCGCCUUCCUCGGCAACCUGCCCUCAGGCCUGGUGCAGGGUGACAUAAGCAAAAUCUUUCCCACAUCAAGCAUCAAGAAUGUGAGACUGGUGAUGGACAAGGAGACAGAUAGGUUUAAGGGUUUCUGCUAUGUGGAAUUUGAGUCACUGGACGACCUCAAGGAGGCGGUGGAGAUGGACGGGCUGGUGGAGGUGCAGAAGCAUUUGAUCAAGAUUGAUGUGGCCGAGGGGAAGCGGAACGAUCGAGGUGGUGGGUUUGAUCGGGGUGGGCGCGGUGGCCGUGGCGGCGGGCGAGAUGGCGGGAGUUUCACACGGGGGCCAAAUCGUUCCGGUGGUGAACCGCAUCGUGGUGGCGGUGGCGCAGGUUUUAACGACGACUAUGAUCGGCGGGACGGUGGUAGAGCAAGGGGUAGUUUUACUGAUCGUGAUCGUGGUGGCCACAGAGGAAACUAUGGUAAUUUCGGUGAGGAUGGUGGCGGCGGUCGUUGGGGUGGUGGUGGACCAGGUGCCGGUGGACCCGGUGGUCCUGGUGGUGCGCCGCGUGGUUUCGGCAGGGACGGCCGGCGGCCGGAGCGAAAAUCUUUCUCAGAAGAUUUGCCAAGCACAACGCCCGAUGUUUCAAAUCGAAAACGACUGCAAUUGAAACCGCGUACGGUGGCAGAGCCGGUGAACCAGAUGGCGGAAACUUCCCAGACGUCGACGAUUUUCGGCGGCGCCAAGCCGCGCGACGAGAAGUUGGAAUAAGUCGCGGAUCUCUCGCCCUCCCCCAAAAACUCUACUAAUAAUUUUUCUUCGCGAACAUGAACUAAACCAGUACCAGUACGCCAGCGCGCUCGAUCCGAUUUUUCAUAUAUUUCUAAUCAUUUUCUAAUAUAUUUUGCCCCCGACUUUCAAUCUUCGCAAGCAAUCUGCACAAUCAUUUAAUAUUGUAAAAACUAUAACAUCAACAACAAAACAACCAUUUCUAAUGUAGCUUAAGAUUAAGCUGAUUAUGUAUGUAAGGGGAAACUCUACUCUUAAGUUCUCUCGAUGGAUAUACAUAGAUAAUUAGUGACUUGAUGCGGAUUGAUGAUGAAGAAGAAGAGGAAAAGAACAUUUUGCAACUUUGUACUUUCGAUUACGAAUGGGAGAUGUUGGAUCGAAUUAAUCGCGAACGGUUUAGUUUAGUUUCUGUUUGUAACUAAUGUAAUUAACGCUGCGACGUUUUGCAUCGCAACUUUGCAAACUAUUUUUCAGAAGCGAGUCGGAGUUUAAAUUUCUUUUCGCGAGCGCGGCGCGACUCUGCUCCACGAUUAUUAAAUUAUUUCGAAUUGGAGCGCGGGUCGCCUGGCUCGCUUUGUAUUUGUAAGGAUUAUUUUAUCGCAACUUGUUUUUGUAUGAUAAUGGAACAAUUUUUGAUGAAUUGUAAUGACAAAUAUAGUUUUGACUGAUUA